AUGGAAGAGCUGCCCCAGGACAUGCGGUGCCAGUUCACCCUGAAGCCCAGAUGCCUGGCUGUGGCCCAGUCGCUGAGUCCCUUAGCUCAGAAGACCUUCCCAAGGAGAAGGUCUAUCACCAAGUGGCUCUUUGGGCGAGGCCCUAGCACUCACCUGGAUAACUUGCCCACCUCACCAACCUCUCCUGUGUCAGGACAGCUGUUUGGAGUGUCUCUGCCAAAUCUCUGCAGGCAUGACAAUCUGCCCAAACCUGUCUGGGACAUGCUUUUUUGUGUUCAUCAGAAAGGACCCCUCACCAAAGGAAUAUUCAGACAGUCAGCCAGCAUGAAAUCUUGCAGAGAGCUGAAAGAAAAACUAGAUUCCGGAGUCGAAGUCCACCUAGACCAGGAGUCUAUUUUUGUGAUAGCAUCUGUUUUUAAAGAUUUCCUAAAACAUAUUCCUGGGAGUAUUUUGUCAUCAGAUCUCUUUGAUCACUGGGUCUCUGUAAUGGAUGAAGAAAAUGAUGAACAGAAAAUAAAUAAAAUUCAAAGACUGUUAGACCAGCUUCCAAGAGCCAAUAUUGUUCUCUUACGGUACCUUUUUGGAGUAUUACACAACAUCGAACAACAUUCUUCAUUCAAUCAGAUGACUGCGUUUAAUUUAGCAGUGUGUAUUGCUCCAAGCAUGCUUUGGCCUCCAGCUUCCUUCAGCUUAGAACUAGAAAGUGAGUUUAUAAAAAAGAAUAAUCUGCUUAUUCAAUUUCUGAUUGAAAAUUGCUGUAGGAUAUUUGGAGAGGAAAUCACUUCCCUCUUUGGAGAAUCUUCAGCGAGGCAUGAUACCACAGAGAGAGCCUCCGACACUCCUGGUGCAGAGGAGACUUCCAUUCCCAACAGUGGGGAGACGAUGCUGAGUGAGGAUCUUGAUGCUUCAUGCAGUGACCUAGUGGAGAAUCAUGGUGAGGAGAGCAGAAGCACGGGCUGUGUGUUAACCAUUCACUACAAUCACCUUGAUCAACCUGAGGUGGAAGAUCUUUUAAGCCUGAGUGACAUCGACUUGGACUUUUGUAAAGAAGAGGACAUUGAAAAGCAAUGGCCACUUGAAUCCACACUGGUGGCCAUUUCUAUGGUAUCUGGCAGUCACAUGUCCCCACAUGAUUCCCCCAAGAACCGGCCCUUUGAUCCUGAGAUAUCUGAACACCUCCCACUACAAACAGCAGUGGCCCUCCAGAGUUCCAGCGGAUACCAGUGCUGCACGGAGCCCAACACUGACGACCAACCUGGGUACACUGAGCUAUCUCAGGAUGAUAUCUGCAAAGAACCAAACUAA